CUCUCCUUAUCCUGUCAGCCUUUUUUGCGUCCAGCGCGGCCAAGCACGCCACGACAUGGGGCGCAAACUCGCAAGGGGCCCCGGCAGCCACGGCUGCCCGGCCGCCCCCGCUUCAACGAGAGCCACCCGGGCCGCACAAGGGCCGCCAGCGGGGCCCUCCAGAGGGAGGGGUUCGGAGGCACUCGAGGCGCGUGGAGCGAGGAGGGGCGAACUCGAGGCGCCCGCGCCUGCGCGGCAGGACGGGCGCGCCGUGGCAUGCAUAAUAAGACAGUACAAGCGAGCCCGCGCGCGUGCGUGCCUCGGCCCCUUGGCCGUCGAAAAAGCGCGCGGGCGGCAUCGAGGAGGAGGAGGAGGAGGAGGAGGAGGAGGAGGACGGGGACGAGUGAGGAGGAGGAACAGGAGGAGAAGGAGGAGGAGGAGGAGCAACGGCAAAUGGAAGAAUGUCCCAAUGCCGCGCAGCGUCCGGCACAGCGGGGAACCGGCUCUGGCAAGACCAGAAGCUACAGGGGGCGGGAGGCCUGAGGCCGCCAGGCCCAACCCCGCUCGCGGCGCGGGAGGGGACCACGAAUUCGCCAGCGUGCAGCGACAGCGCGGAGCUGGAGCCUGGCCGGAGCAGCCAGGAGGCCAGGUGUCUUGGACAGCUCGCCCAGCUCCCCGUCUGGGCCUGGAGCUCCGGCGCAGGAGCGCCGGCAGGGAGGGCCAGGUCUGGCAAGUCCAGACGCUGGGCCGAAGGCCUUGAACCUCGCAGCGCAAGAGUGCUCCGAAUUCAGAUGCACGAAGACAGAGAAGCAGCGGGUGGGGCGGUGGUAACAUCCGCGGUGCCCAGCGCACGGAUCCGCCGUCAAGAGCAAGGCGGUACACUCCGAGCCUGGUGCCCACGGGCAAAGAAACCACUCCACAUCCGCGUCCUACUCCUUAUCCUUACCUUCUUC